CGAAAAUACUCAAUUCUACCAAACACUCCUAAAUUUGCCAAAGCAGCAUAAAGUCAGGGCUCAGACUUCAAAGUUCCCAACUCUCACUCCGUCCAACCAUUUCAGUUCUUGCCUACUUUUUUUCCAAUAAAAGCCAAUUCUCACUGUGUCAGUCACACACACACAUUUCACUCCCUAUCCAAUCCUGUUUACCUUUUCAGUUUAGCCAAUUCACACACAAUUAGAUGGAUUUAGAAGGACCUCCUGCUAGCCAUGGAUUCUACAUGCCUGCUGAGUGGGAACCCCAUUCACAGUGUUGGAUGGGUUGGCCUGAACGCCCAGAUAACUGGAGAGACAAUGCAGUGCAUGCCCAACGUGUAUAUGCCAAGGUAGCAUCUGCAAUCUCAAGGUUUGAGCCAGUAACUGUCUGCGCAAGUGCUGCUCAGUGGACCAAUGCACGAAGUCAGCUACCGGAAAGUAUAAGGGUGAUUGAGAUGAGUAUAAAUGACGCAUGGUUUCGUGAUACUGGACCUACUUUUGUUGUAAGGAAGAGUGCAUCGUGUUCUGGUGCCUCAGAGCAUAAGGUUGCCGGCAUUGAUUGGAAUUUUAACAGUUGGGGAGGUGUUGAUGAUGGUUGCUACCAAGAUUGGAGUCUUGACCUCCUUGUUGCUAGGAAGAUUUUGGUGACUGAGAGGCUUCCUAGGUUUCCACAGUCUCUUAUUCUUGAAGGCGGAAGCAUCCAUGUUGAUGGAGAAGGGACUUGCCUUACUACAGAGGAGUGCCUUUUGAAUAAAAACCGCAACCCGCAUUUGAAUAAGGAGCAAAUAGAGAAUGAACUUAAGGCAUAUCUUGGAGUCAGGAAGGUUAUCUGGUUGCCUCUUGGAUUAUAUGGUGAUGACGAUACUAAUGGUCAUAUCGACAACAUGUGCUGUUUUGUAAAGCCUGGUGUGGUUCUGUUGUCCUGGACCGAUGAUGAAAAGGAUCCUCAGUAUGAAAGAUCUGCAAAAGCUUUUUCUGUUCUUUCCAAUGCUACUGAUGCCAUUGGUAGGAAAUUACAAGUAAUUAAACUACAUGUACCAGGGCCACUUUAUAUGACGGAUGAAGAGGCUGCUGGAGUAGCUCAGGAUGGUGAAGCCAAACCAAGACUUCCAGGUACAAGACUUGCUGCUUCAUACGUGAACUUCUACACUGCCAAUGGAGCAAUCAUCUUACCACAAUUUGGGGACCAAAAGUGGGAUGAUGAAGCUUUUCGUGUUGUAUCUCUAGCCUUUCCAGAUUAUGAAGUGGUACGAACUGAAGGUGCGAGAGAGAUUGUUUUGGGGGGUGGAAACAUACAUUGCAUUACUCAACAACAACCAGCCAUUCCAGCCUGAAUUGUGAAUCAGCACUGGUCACUUAUGAGUUAUGAGCAUUGGCAUGGAUUUAUUAGUGUUUGUAUUACACUAGCUAAACGAUAAACACAUUUAUUUAUAUAACUUUCAUUUGCUUUGUGGUGUUUGGGGAUUA